ACAAACAGGCGCCGGACGCGGAGCCGCCAGGAAGCGCGGGAGGGGGGGCGGGCCAAGGGGGGGGCCGGGCCGCCUGGUAACCCCUCCCUGUCCGGGCCUCGCGGCACAGCACGGGGGCGGGGCCAACCCGCUGACCCCUUGGCCCCCUCCAGGCCUCCGCCCUCCAGGCCCUUCCGAGAUCCCCACCCCCGGACUCCCUAGGGACCUGGGAGGGAGCGCGGGUCCUUAGGUCUCCGCCCCCCAGCCCCUAGCCCCUCGGACAGAGCCGACCAACCCCUCCCCACUUCCGCGAGGGGCAGGGGCGGGGUCAUGAUAUAGGCCUUCUGCCCGGGGGAGGGGCUUUUCCUAAGGGGCAAGGCCAAGGCAUCCCGAAUUGGGGCUGGCAGGGGACAAGGCGGCGAGUUAUUAAGGCUGGGGGUGGGAGGCUGCCCAGGGUAUUGGGGUCAUGGUGGCAUUAGCCCAGCUCAAGGCGAGCUGGGCUGACUCAGCACCCUGCCCCGGCCAAUCCCCAGCCCUGACAGCUCUGCUCUCCCUUGGGCAGAGAUGGGAGAUGGCGCCGGUGCUGCCCCUGGUGCUGCCCCUCCAGCCGCGCAUUCGUCUGGCACAGGGGCUGUGGCUCCUCUCUUGGCUGCUGGCGCUGGGCAGUGGCCUCACCCUCCUCUGUAGCGGGCACCUCCUGGUCCAGCUGUGGCACGUUGGCACCUUCUUGGCUCCCUCUUGCCCAUUCGCUGCCCUGCCCCAGGUUGCUCUGGCAGCCAGUGCAGUGGCUCUGUGCACAGGACUGGUGGGCGCGGGAGCCAGCAGGGCCAGUCUGGAUGCAGCUCAGUACCCUCCCUGGCGAGGGGUCCUGGGCCCCCUACUGGUGGCUAGCACUGCUGGGGGCGGGGGGCUCCUGGUCCUUGCCCUGGGGCUAGCCCUGGCUUUACCUGGGAGUCUGGAUGUGGGACUGGAGGAGGGCCUGGGGACUGCCUUGGCUCACUACAAGGACACAGAGGUGCCUGGACACUGUCAUGCCAAACGGCUGUUGGAUGAGCUGCAGCUGAGGCACCACUGCUGCGGACGCCAUGGGUACAAGGAUUGGUUUGGGGUCCAGUGGGUCAGCAGCCGUUACCUGGAUCCCAAUGACCAGGACGUGGUUGACCGGAUCCAGAGCAAUGUGGAAGGCCUAUAUCUGAUUGACGGGGUCCCCUUCUCUUGCUGCAACCCCCACUCACCCAGGCCUUGCCUGCAAAGCCAGCUCUCAGACCCACAUGCCCACCCCCUCUUUGAUCCUCGACAGCCCAACCUAAACCUCUGGGCCCAAGGAUGCCAUGGGGUACUGCUGGGGCACCUGCAGGGGUUGGCGAGCACACUGGGCAGCCUGCUGGCUGUCACCUUCCUGCUGCAGACUCUGGUGCUCCUGGGCCUGCGGUACCUGCAAACAGCACUGGAGGGGCUUGGAGGAGUCAUCGACAGGGAGGGAGAGACACAGGGCUAUCUCUUUCCUGGUGGGCUGAAAGACAUGCUGAAAACAGCAUGGCUACAGGGAGGGGUUGCCCACAGGCCAGCACCUGAGGAGGCCCCACCAGUAGAGGCACCUCCUAAGGAGGGUCUACCUGAGGCCUAGUGGCCUGGAGCUCGGGGUGGGGAUUGGGAGGGGGGGAAGGGGUGGGAUGGACAGAACCACACAACUCCUUACCAAGGCUCCGGGGGAGGGGGGUUCCCUGGGAUUAGAGGGGUUAAAGCUGGUCAGUGGGCUGGACUGGGGUAGGAGAGAAAACCUGGCAUCCUAGAGCCCAGACCCUGUGGCCAAAGCACCAGGGAACAGAGAAAAACAGGGCGAUGGCAAAGUGACAUGGGAAGGACUGGCGAUUGCUUCUGGUGCGCAGACUCAAUAAAGCUUUUGGACUGAAGC